AUGAAGGCCAUCUUAAGGUUCUACAACUCGAGGCUCAGGCCACACAAUGCCGACGACAGCUUUCCCACAAAACAAUUAUUUGUGCUCGCACUUUGUCGGAUAUGCGAGCCCAUUGCGUUCAUGUCAAUAUUUCCCUACGCAUACCGAAUGAUUGAAUCCUUCGAUAUCGCCAACAAUGAAAAUCAAACGUCAAUGUAUGCUGGCAUGCUCAUCACUGCGUUCGCGUUCGCCGAGUUCUCCACUGGAAUGGUCUGGGGUCGUGUAUCCGACAGGAUCGGUCGCAAACCUGUGCUAGUCAUGGGCUUGAUAGGAACAGCGCUCAGUAUGAUUUCGUUCGGCUUCUCGAAAUCGCUGCCCAUGGCUAUAAUGUCGCGAGCACUUGGCGGCCUUCUGAACGGCAAUGUUGGAGUUCUACAGACCACAGUCGCCGAGCUUGUCACCAAGAAGGAGCAUCAACCAAGAGCUUACUCCAUUAUGCCCUUCGUAUGGUGUCUCGGCUCGAUAAUCGGUCCUGCCAUGGGCGGCGCACUUGCCAUGCCCUGCGAGGCAUAUCCAUGGCUUUUCUCCAAAGGAACGAUCUUUGACAAAUACCCUUUCCUACUGCCAAAUUUGGUCUCAGUGGGCAUCCUCAUUCUUGGAAUUACAACUGGUGCGCUCUUUCUAGAAGAGACCCAUGCGAAAAGGAGGACUCGUCGUGAUGUUGGCAUCGAGCUUGGCGACAAAAUACUCUACAGGUUGUUUGGAAUCGAAACGACCCGGAUCUACGAAUCCGACGCAGUGGAAAGCAAGCAAGAGCUAGAGCUUCUGGUCGACGAUGUCGAAACUGGAUCACCUGAGAAGAUGACCAGGCCGGUAGCUGUAUUCAACAAGCAAGUGAUUUUGAUUAUCGUUGGAUACGGAAUUUUGGCAUAUCACAGCGUCUCCUUCGACUCACUCAUGCCAAUCUUCCUGUCAGAAGCCAAGUCGGAAACCGAGCCACGUCUACCAUUUCUGUUCUCGGGCGGUUUCGCAUUGUCGACGAAAGCCAUUGGAUUCAUGAUGGCGGUGCAAGGCGUCUAUUCGAUGAUCGCUCAACUGUGGCUCUUUCCCUUCCUCAUCCGCCGCCUUGGAACGCUAUCGGCAUUUCGACUGGUCAUGGUCAUCUGGCCUUUCCUCUACUUUGUCGUCCCAUACCUCGUUCUCCUCCCCGAACGACUUCAGACUGUUGGCAUCUACAUGGCCCUGCUCACUAAGAUGACCUUCCACACAGUCGCAUUUCCUUCGAAUGCCAUCCUGCUUGCCAAUGCCGCACCAUCAAAAUCGGUUCUUGGCUCGAUCAACGGAGUCGCUGCCUCAACUGCUUGCCUAUCCAGGGCAUUGGGACCAACUGUCUCAGGCGGCAUCCACGCCCUUGGACUGAAAUUUGGCUGCAAUGGCCUCGCAUGGUGGGCAGGCGGCCUCGUCUGUGCCUUUGGAGCCCUCGAAAGCUUCUGCAUCCAUGAACAAGAAGAUGAAGAGCAACCGCUGUGCGAACCUCUUAUUCAUGCCACCCCUCAGACUGACGAAGAGGAGCCUGGAGCUCAACAAGAAGGUCUUCUCACGCUGAAUGCCGAUUUCGACGACUCGAAAACGCUAGUCGAAUCCGUCACCAGCGAUGACACGCCAAAGUCGUUAUUAUAA